AGGAGGAGUGUAGAUUGCAUUGCGGAGCGCCGGGGAUACCGAGAAUAAACAAUUCCGUCAGACCCCGACUGCAGGGCGCGGAGCUCAACUGGCUCGGCGACAGCUUAGGGACGUUUCAACUGCGAUGACAGUUUAGUCGAAAAAAAAAAACAGUGAAAAAAAAACAAGGCGACCGCGUUAAAAGCGUGAGCGGCCGCCGAGCCGGCUUGCUUCGUGGAGCGGCGAGCGAAGUGCAGCGCGUGCCGGAGGAUUUCGCACGUUCUGCCGAAGAUGCGACGCGUCUCUUCCCGGCCGGAUCCCCGCAUCUAAACAGUGUCUUUGGUGAUGUGCAGUGACUGCGAGACGCUGUCCUCGUAAGAGACUCACCGUAGCAGGGGUUCCGCACCUCUGGAUCACGUCUGGGUCAGCAUACUGCAUUUCACGGUUGUGCCGGUUUUUCGCGUUCCCGGAAAGGGCUGCUGGAGUGACUCUCGCAAGAUAUCUCAGCGUGAUGCCGCUUGCCGUCAGGUUUGCUGAGCCCGAAGUCAGGAGAACAGACGGGCAACAGUCGACUUGCGACAACUACGUUUACUUCCCCCACCCCCAACCCCACGGUCCCCCCUCCUUUGCCCAGAAAUCACCAGAAGUGGAAUGAAUCCCUGGAACACAGGGCUGCAGGAAUCACACGCGUGUCAAACAGCGUCAUACCUGAAGGUGUGCUGAAGUUUCUCAGUUGUGGAGGAGUUUCUCGAGGAAAUGCUCCGACCCCCCCCCCCUCACAAAAUCACCUGCUUUGACCUACCCUUCUAACACUGGAGGAACCAGAAACAAUCCCUUCUAGUUUUUGGGAGUUGAUUACACUUGGAAGUAGACUCUGUUUUUUUUUAAAUAGUGGUGGUAAACCAAACAAGGGACCCUGGUAUUGAACAUGACUCAUGGGGAAGAGCUUGGCUCUGAGAUGCACCAGGAUUCAGCUGUACUAACUUAUCUGGAAGGUUUACUAAUGCAUCAGGUUGCCGGUGGUGCCACAGCUACAAGGAGGUUGGAGGCAGGGCACAGCAACCAACAGCAGGGCAACAAGGCAGCCGGAAGCUACCGGCUACCGAGCCAUGACUCCAGCGAAGAGCAGGAAAGAACAGUGCCUCUCGGAGGAGCGACGCAUCUCAAGAAGGCAAGGUUGCUUUGCUCGGAGCCCCGGAGCGAACCCAGAGGCCAUAGGUCGACUGUUCCUGUGCUGGAUUUGAACGGACAAGGCAGCAACACCCGAGCCGACGCUCUGGACGGUUCCCCAAAGUGCAAGGGGGAGAGCACCUUGCUGGCGUCGCUGCUCCAGUCUUUCAGCAACCGGCUUCAGAACGUUGUGCUGUCGCAGCAGAUAGUGCAGAGCCUAAAGCAGCAGGAGUGCGAGCGGGUCAACAGGAACACCCAGGAGCAGCGCACGGAGGAGGAAGAGGCGGUGCCAGCAUCUCCACAGUGUUACGGGGUGGCCUCUAGUCGUCUCAAGGGCUUGAUGAAGAAGAACAAGAUGCAGAACCACAACAGUGUGCCUUAUCGCCGUCGCACAAGUCAGGAGAGGCUCUCAGAGUCACCCCAGGUACCGCAAGGCGGCACCCAACCGGCCGCCUCUGAUCCCAUCUCCUGCGCAGCGCGCCUCAAGGCAGUGGCAAACCUGGUGAACAUCAGGUCCAGUCCCGCCACCUCCCCUAAGCCCAACAUGGCCUGCAGUCAGCUGGCCUUGCUGCUCUCCAGCGAGGCUCAUCUGCAGCAGUACUCUCGAGACCAUGCCUUAAAAGCACAAUUAUCUGGGAGGUCGGCCAGCCAGAGGCUUGCCGCCAUGGCAACGCAGCAGACGCAGGAUAAGAAGCAAGCUGAUGCGGGGCAGGCUCAGAUGGGCCCAGACAUGGUAAGCUCCUUACGGGCCAAAAAUGGGGCGCAACCUCAACCCACGAUAGGCCCAGGUAAACGGAGUCCCACCCUCACUCCGGGACGGAGCAAAGCGGCCCCUUCCCCCAUGCAUCCUUUCAAGGAUAGACGUCCCUUUGACAGGCACGUCCACAGGCCUGCGCAGAACUGUAGCAGCUUGCUCCUGCAACUCCUGAACAACCACAACACGCAGAGCCAGGUCAACGGACAGGGUCACCUGCGGGAAGACUACAGCAUGUUCCCUGGUCAUUGCUCCCCGCUGUUGUCGGAUAGCGAGUACUCCAACGCGGAGAACAGCCUGCCAAAAGACAGCAGCGACGCAGAAAGUUCCAGCUCCAGCUGCUCUCCCAUUGACCUCUCCGUGAGGAGCAAGGACACUGGGCCGGCUCUAGGCCCGUCUUCGUCCUCUUUGGACAAGCUCACCGAAUCGCUGAUAAACACGUGGAAGCCCGAGCCCCCCCGGCCUAAGUUGGCUGAACCUCGUGAACUUGAGUCUAAUGUAGCUGUGAAACCCCAUCACAAGGUUACCUUAUUGCAGUUGCUCCUGGACCACAAAAAGAAUGACAAAAGUCCUCUUAAUUCUGAUAUGCGGAGUGUAAGCCCCAAGACUAACAAUUCAGCUGCAAGCAAACUGACACCUAUAGCUAGGUGUGAGGAAACCAGGACACAGAGUCCCCAGGGUGGAUUGACAGGUAGAAACUUUCAAGAAUUGCCCACAUUCUGUCACGGUAGAGACUCCAGUGGCAGUGUGUCCCCAUACAAUCUGUACACAUCCCCUCAUUCCCAGUCCAUCCCAUUAGAUCUUUGCAAAUCAAAAUCCUUCACAAGAGAAGGUGGUUCCCAUGAACCUGCUUUCAGUGCCAGCAAACUACUACAAAAUUUGGCCCAAUGUGGAUUACAAAAAUCGGUCUCGUCUCCCCCGUUGAGGGCUCCCGUGCCCCCAAGCAAAAUGCAGGCUCGCGAACUGAAUCUCGACAAGCCCGUAACAUUGCUGGAAAGGCUCAAUACCCCGGUGCUGCGGAACAAGACGCCAGUUUCCGAGGCACCCCUCGCGGACUACGCGAAGGCCCCACUGAUUAGCAAGCCAUCUCCGCCCGUGUCCGAGGUCGAGAACCUCCUCGAGAGGAGGACGGUAUUGCAGCUGCUUCUGGGAACAGCCUCCAGCAAAGAGAGUCAGAGCGGCCACAGGGAUAGGCCGGCGGUAAGGAUUGACCAUGUGGAAAAGCAGGCCAACAAGUCAGAGAGUUGCUGCAGCUCGAAUGGGCUUCUGCUGGAUUUCAAGAUUAAGAGUGAGCUGGGAGGGGAGGGUGGCCGGUCUGACAGUGAUGAAGCAGCAGAGCGCUGCAAUAACAAGGAGAGGGAGUAUGAUGGCCGCAGCCCUCCUUCAAUCCUCAACCUGGACGUGAAGCCAGAGCCAUUCUCCCCAGAUGCUGUCCACAGGGAUGGCCUUCUUAGCCAGCUUUUAAAGCAGCACACGAGAGCCUAUCAGGCUACUGUACCCACAGACUUGCAUGUGAUUGGCAUGAAGGAAGAGCAGCAGGAGCAUCGGGGAACGGCCGUCCCGAAGAAGCGGAGGUUCUUCCCAGAAGUUCAUGACCGCCUCAACGGCAUGCCAUGCACAGAUCUCAGCAGGGGCGAGACCCCAAAGGAAAGCACAGAUCAGCACCCUGGGGCACCCAGGGGUCGCAAGGUCAGAAAGAUGGUGAGUCUGUCACGACCAGACACUCCAGUCAGACGUCCCAUCAGCGAGUCUCCACCAAGGGACUCUGGGGGCUUCAAUGUCCUGAAGCAGCUCCUUUUGUCUGAUAACUGUUUGAAGGAUCUCUCUCAGUCCCGGAGUGCCACCAGCCCUCUUCAGGCCAACUGCAAAGCCAACGGAAGCAGCCCCAAUGAGUGUGGACCUAACCGCGAGCUUGCUGGCUCACGGGUGAAUGCUAGCCCACAGGGUCUGGGAGCUGUCGAGUUCAGCUCCACAGCCACACUCACAGCAAGUGACAGGUCCUCAGGCUCCCCUUGGGGAAAUCAUACCGUCAGGCAGGACUCCCUCAGAUCGAACCUUCUCCCUCUCAGACGGGACUCUGAGGGCCCCAUCCAGUGGGCUGCCGGCGGGGAUGAGAGACGGGACUCCCGACCCGACUCCCCGCGGCUGACUAAAACUAACCCCAUCUUGUACUAUAUGCUCCAGAAAGGAAACACCCAACUUGGCCAAGGAAGGAAGGAGCUGUGCACUGUAUCGACACCAUGCAGGAUGCAGGUGAAAGUCAAGGAGGAGCCCCUGGCUGACAUUGAGGUCAAUGACCAUGGCGUGUCCUUGAAAUGCCAGUCGCAGCUGCGCAAUGAGAGCCAUGACAGCAACCCUGAAUGCCUCAAUGGGUCCCCCAAGAAGGUCUAGUCUACCACAAGAUUAAAAAGACUAAAACGCUCAUACCAGAAUUGAAAAGUUCCCUUUUUGGUCUGUUUUGCUUACUUUACUACUUUGUGUUGUUUAUUUAAAGUUUGUGAGAAAGAAAAAAAGGAAAAAAAAACAUACAAGGAUAAUAAAUUCAAUACUAAUAGGUAACAUAAUGACAAAAUGGUAAUAAUCCAAAG